AUCAGUGUCGCAAUUAAUUGUUAGUUAUAACAUUCAUUUGCGCUUUGAAUAGAGAAAGAAGAUAUGUUAACUUGAGUUUACAAGUUGAGCUAAUAUGCUUUUCUACUGCGUUUACAUGAUCUUAUUCUUAGUGGAGGUCAGUGCAACACCUAUCAAGCACACCUCAGACUUUAAAUUUGCAAAUUGCACGGAAGAUGAGUCAAACAAGAUCGUUUGUGACCCAGCAGACCUGAAAGAAGCAGAUAAUGAAGAGUUUAUCAGUGAGUGGCCAUCUGGACCAUAUGUACUUCCAAUGUCAAUCCAUGGAUGUCCGGAGUCAUGGAAACAAGGUUGGGAAGAAGGUGUUUUGUCAAUAACAUGGGCGUCACAACUCAAAGUAUUUACCCAAAACUCCUCGUCAUCUGCCAAUGAUUAUACAAAUGGAAGCAAAGCCAUAUUCCAUGAUGUUACAAUAACUAAAUGGCCAGAGUUCCAAACCUACGUAUUUGGUCCGUUUGAUGAUAAGACAUUCAAACUAAAGUUUUGCUUUAAACGUGCAAGCGCUCGUUUGAAUGAUACAAUUAUAGAAUGGCCUGAGAAGGAAUUUAGCAUAUAUGGUACAAAUGAAACUUGUCCCAAGGGUUUCAUCCGGAAGAAUCUCAAUAUAACUCUUCCUGCAAUAUCGUACUGGUAUACAGAUGGAUACACACCCGACAUUCAAAUAGAGCAAGAUACAAAAUCCGCAAAUUUGAACAUACUUCUAUGUUCGAGGAUGAAGUAUCAUGCGGUUGUGAAUGAUGGGGACUUGAAAGAAAUAAAUGCCUCUAACAGUUAUUUCAUAUUAAUGAAGGAGAAUGAUUCUGAUUGUCCACAUUUUAUUGAUACAACUGUUCAGAAGGAAAGUAUUUUCUUUGGAGAUCGUGUUCAGAAAAACUCGUCCAGCACCGUCUUAUUUGAAACCUUCUGCUAUUAUCGACCAUUAAUUAGAAAAGAUGUUAUGGACAACAUAUUUGAGUCAAAUAACAUAGAAGGUUACCUGACGCCAUAUGCUACUGUUAUAGACGGAUCUUUUACAGAAACUGCGCAUUUUAAUGAUCCGAAUAUUAAUGUUGAUGAGCAGCUUAAACAAAUUCACGAAGGCCCAACAACUAUUCCUUGGAAACUUAUAGACCUCGGAAGCUCAAUGCACCUGGCUUUAAUAGAGAUUACACUAUCUGGUGAAGAAAUGGUGGAUGGUAGAGAUGUAGCUUGUUUUAUAAGCGAAACUAGAUGGAGUUUCCUUCAUUUUGAUGCAACACAUUGCAUUGUUAGUGUUAAGCAAAUCCUACAAACUUUGAAGUUGCUUCCUAUAAGAUUAAUGCACGGACGAUUCGUCGCAUUGGUCGAUGGUUCAAGUAAUAAAUCAUUGUUGGAUACCAUUAAUAACAUACACGUUUACACUUACAAUACCAGACAAGAUACGUCGGGGAGAUGUAACACCGAUCUUGGAAUGACCGAUGGCAGCAUUUUAGAUUUCCAGUUAUCUGCCAGCACAUUCCAUGAAUGGUUUCCUAUUGCAAAUGCCAGACCGUUCUCAUCUGGAUGGUGUGCAUCGUCAACUGAUAACGAUCCAUUUAUAAUGGUUGAUUUACUAGCUACCACACGUGUCGAAGGCAUUUCAAUUUGGAACCUGAAGGUGGGAAUAGGAACUAAUGUGCAUCUGAUUGGCAGCAAGCGAGUUCAAAUUCUGUUUGGGGAAAACGUGAGUGAUCUGCAAGAAUAUAUGACAAAGGAAUUUCAGUUGGAUACCCUAUCACCGGAAUCACAGAUCAUGUUUAUCAAACCAUUUGAAGCUAGAUUUGUAAAGAUCAGAGUACUUGGUGGAAUGACAAAUGGGCUGAUAUGCCUUAGAUUUGAACUCCAUGGAUGCAAAUUUGCAGGUAUUCCAUCGCUGAAGUGCAAUGCGAGUAGUGAAAUGUUUGAUAAUAUGGAUGUCCUUCGGUUGCCAGACACAGAUUCUUCACACAUACGGAACAUAACUUCUUUUGAUGCAUGCAAACAAAAAUGUCAACAAGCACAAAACUGCAGUACCGCCGUGAUUACUGACAACUUCGUUUGUUCAAUGUAUCAUUAUGACAAUAUGGAAAGAUGGAGUGUUCACCACAAUAAAGAAACCGGCUUCCAAUCAUCGACAAAACUUUGCUGGAACAAUUAUCUUGCUGUUGGAAAAUCGAGAUUAAAAACAACGCCUUCAAGAACUACAUUGUUCAGUCAUAUUGCAGAAGUUUUUGAAGAAUCAGUAAUAACUAGCAUAGGAUAUCCAUGGUCAUAUGUUGGGGAUCAGAGUUACAAAUGGAUUGUAGAAUUCGAUGACGAUAAUUAUGUGAAGCUAAUAUUCACAAAUAUUUCGUUUCAUAAAUAUGCAAAGAAUAAUUCGAGUUGUACAGAUUCACUACUGGUAUCAAACUUUCUGACCGGGAAUGCAGGGACUGCUAGACGUAUCACUAACAAGUUGAAUGGCCAUGUAUUCAUCAUUGAAACAAGCGAAACAACAGUUAUUCUGACUUUUACCUCAUGUUUUCCAUCGGCAGAUAUAACCGAAUUGGGCAAUGGAUUUCGAGCAAUUGCCACUAAACAAAAGAUUCCGGCAUGUUUUUCCUUACACUCUGAUCAAAGUUGGGAAGAUGGUCGAUCGGAAAUUUGCAGUAAAGAAGAAAUGAUUAUUAUGCCUAUGUCAUAUGUUGGCCUUCCUUUUGAGAAGACAAAGGAAACUUGGAAUUUGUUUUUUCCAAGACAUCGUAUCGAGUUACUUGUGACAGAAUUUCAGGUGCCAUGUCAGGGUGCUGAAGGUGGCUCUAAGUUCUAUGUCGUCGAUUUCAACAUGACUUUUGAAUACUGCAAUCUUAAUAUGCCACCGGAAAAGAUCCAUCUAUCAUCGGAUAAUGCAACAAUACAUUUCCUAAAGGACAAAAAGCAGGAAAGAGUUUAUUCCGAAGGAUUUGUGAUCAGAUACGCCCUAACUUAUGACAGACCCAACGUUUCGUUCACUUUCAAUGGCAUUCGAUCCAACGUAUCAAACAUUGCUUUGGGCAAGCCAACAAUUGGAUCAAGUCAAUAUGAAACACACCGUACAGAUUAUGCUCCAGCCGGUGUAACUGACGGGAUAAUACAUGCAGAUCUAACAUAUGGUAGCUGCUUUCAUUCGUUACGGGAAUUAAACCCAUGGGUUUUAAUCGACCUUGAAGGAAACUACGUUCUUUACUGGGUAGAAAUAUACACGAGAAUGGAUUGUUGUGAUCAUCGCCAUGAAAACGCUGAAGUUUCUGCUGGCCUGGACCUAAAACACAUGCAUGUCACUAGUGUAUGCGGACGCUAUGGACCAAAUCAAGGUGUUAUAAUGAGUGGAGUGAGAGCUCGAUAUGUUAAGUUAGUACAUGUGUUUAAAAAGGAGUCCAUGAAUAUAUGUGAGAUAAAAGUUUUUGGAAUUUUAGAGACAGAGGUUGAUGUAUCAAAGCAUGUUUUUCAAAGGCCGGCGCAAGUUGAUGGUCAAUGGGGAAACUGGAUGGCAUGGUCAGCAAUGUGUUUUUGUAAUGGAACACAGCCCAGAAAGCGGUUAUGUAACAAUCCUUCUCCUCAGUUUUCUGGGAGGUCUUGCAAAGGACCAGAUACCAUGUACAGAAAUUGUGAUCCAUUAGAAAAUUGUAUAAUCAGAAACGUGGCUUUAAAUAAAACAGCCACUCAGUCGUCAUUGUAUCAGUCUAGAACAGCAGAUUUGGGAAUCGAUGGUAAUUUGAGUCAGGGUCCGACUUCAUGUUUCCACACAGAGAAAGACUAUCAGCCAUGGUGGCUAGUUGACCUUCAUGAAGUUUACAUGUUACAUCAUAUUGAGAUUCAUGACUUUAUCACUUAUGCAAGAGGAACACAGAGUAUUGAAGUAACAACGGGAAUUACAAAGUGUAACAUGAGUAGUUUAUAUUUCAAAUGUGGAGAACCAAUGAUUCAAACCAGCAAAACGAUUGAAGCAAUAGGGAGUAUUGCUCGAUAUGUAAAAGUACAGCUUAUGGGGGUCGUAGAAUUCUUGCAUCUUUGUGAAGUUGAAAUAUUUGGACAACAAAUUUUAGAUCAAUCAAAAUUUGACGAAACUUGUGAAGAUGACCUAAUAAGUGCGGAUGGAAGAUGGUCUUCCUGGUCACCAUGGAGCACAUGUUCUGAAAGUUGCGGAACCGGAAAAUCAAACAAGAAACGCGCACUUUGUUCUGAACUAAGCCCCUUUAAAAUGGUGAAAGUUUUGUGUUCAAAGGCCAAAAGAUAA